GAGAUGUGCACACGCCUCUGGUUCAAGAGGAGCGAUCUGCAGGCGCCACACUGCGCAUCAUCUGGGGCAACCAGGCCUUGCUGGCCACGUACACUGUCACUUUGCUGGCCUGGUUGGGGUGGAUCUCCUUGCAGAUCUACCAGACAGAGUUUGUGGCAACGGAGGUGUACCAGGGUUCCGCCGACGAGUCGUCACCAGCCAACAAGGCUUAUGUUACAGGCGUUCAUGCCGCCUCGCGGGCAUUGAUCCUGAAUGCCGUGCUCAUGACUGGGACCACCUACCUGAUCCCUACGGUGCUCCGAAAGCUGGGCAAAGCGCGCUUGUGGUCGCUGUCAACCGGCGCCACAGCGCUGAUGCUCGCGGCCUCGAUACUCAUCAGCCGCACGCACGCCAAGGCCGCGUCCAGCGCCUGGCUGGCCCUCUUGGGGCCACUUUAUGGCAUCCAGCAGACCAUCCCAUUCCUGGUGGUGUCUGAAGAGGCGCCGAAGGACCUGCUUGGGGAGCUGAACGGCUUCCUCAACGUGGCGCUUUGCAUCCCCCAGCUGCUGGUCUCGCUGCUGGGUGGUUGGGUGGUGGCCCUGGCGGGGACCGACUCACUGCUCUUCACCGCCGGGGCUGUCUGUGAUGUCGUGGCAACCGUCGUAUGCCUGCGGCUCCUGGUGUAG